GCGCCGCGCUGCGCUCCGCUCCCAUUGGCUGCGCGCGCCUUUGUGUGGCGGCAGCUGCGGCCCCAGCGCCUUUGAAUGUCGAGAGGGGCCGGGAAGGGAGCCUUUCCAUGGGCCAUCUGUCUCCCCGCCAGCCGCCGCCCCGCCGCCUGCGCCCCGCGCUCCGCCUCCCGCCCCGGCGGCUCCCGCAGCCCCGCCGCCCGCGCCCCGGAGCCGCGCCACAAAGGGCCCGCGCGCAGCCGCCGCCGCCGCCGCCGCGCGAGGAGCCAGGAUGGUCCUGGUCCACGUCGGCUAUCUCGUGCUUCCAGUGUUUGGCUCUGUGCGAAACAGAGGUGCCCCCUUUCAAAGGUCUCAGCAUCCUCACGCUACCUCCUGCCGCCACUUCCACCUGGGCCCCCCGCAGCCGCAGCAGCUAGCCCCGGACUUCCCGCUGGCACACCCCGUGCAGUCGCAGCCGGGCCUCAGCGCCCACAUGGCCCCGGCCCACCAGCACAGCGGCGCGCUGCACCAGUCGCUGACCCCGCUGCCCACCCUGCAGUUCCAGGACGUCACAGGUCCCUCCUUCCUACCUCAGGCCCUGCACCAGCAAUACCUGCUGCAGCAGCAGCUCCUGGAAGCUCAGCACCGCAGGCUUGUCUCGCAUCCCAGGCGGAGUCAGGAUCGAGUGUCUGUCCACCCCCACCGCCUCCACCCCAGCUUUGACUUUGGCCACCAACUGCAGACACCUCAGCCCCGGUAUCUGGCUGAGGGCACUGACUGGGAUCUCAGUGUGGACGCUGGCCUGAGUCCUGCCCAGUUCCAGGUGCGGCCCAUCCCGCAGCAGUAUCAGCAUUACCUAGCCGCUCCUCGAAUGCACCACUUCCCCAGAAACUCUUCCUCCACACAGAUGGUUGUCCAUGAAAUUCGAAACUACCCUUACCCACAGCUUCACUUCCUCGCGCUCCAGGGACUAAAUCCUAGUCGGCACACCUCUGCUGUUCGGGAGAGCUACGAGGAGCUGCUGCAGCUCGAGGACAGGUUAGGAAACGUGACCCGAGGAGCCGUACAAAACACCAUUGAGAGGUUCACCUUCCCCCACAAGUACAAGAAGCGAAGACCCCAGGACAGCAAGGGCAAGAAAGACGAAGGGGAGGAGUCAGACACAGAUGAGAAAUGCACGAUCUGUCUGUCUAUGUUGGAGGAUGGAGAAGACGUGAGACGCCUACCUUGUAUGCAUCUCUUCCACCAACUGUGUGUGGACCAGUGGCUCGCCAUGAGCAAGAAAUGCCCCAUCUGCCGAGUGGACAUUGAGACACAACUGGGAGCCGACAGCUGAGGGAGGAAGCUAGCCAGUGGACGCCCUGUUUCCUUCACCAGGCCCCGCCCCCUCGCCCCCCACGGCCAUAGCCCUUGCAGCCAAACUUUGCCUUCUGAGCCAUUUGACGUAGAGAAGAAGCCUGCAAGCACAUUUGGUGGAAAGAGGAGUUGGUAUCAGUGUCUGAGGGAGAGUAAGGGGUGGGGGGGACCCACCCGGGGGACCCACCCAUCCAGAAUGGUGACUGCCUCAUCGCCUUGCUGCGCAGGGGGAGGGAGCUGGCCGUGCCCAGAGCAGGGGCGGGAAGCGGGGGGCCCAGCUGCUGAGAACUAGAAGUGAUCUCGAGGGUACUAGCUGGUGACCGGCCCCUCAAUCCUGUCCUUUGAAGGAUUGUGUAUAUACCUCUUGACCACGUAGAAACCAUGUAGGGGUCUCUAGCUAUUCUGUGGAUGGCAGCCAGAGCAUGUUAGCUUAAGAAAAAUGUCGUGUGUGGUGCUCUCGUCAUCUGUGGUGGACAUGUCGCUAUUACUGAACUUGCACCAAAUAUUUCUCAUUGAGUUUCUUGUUUUGGUGCCUGACCGAACCAACCAACCAACGACAGCCCCAAUCUUCCCGUCUUUAUGAGCAAAAAGGAAAAAAAAAAAGGAAUCAAAGGUUAAAAAAAAAAAGAAAGAAAAAGAAAAAAGCCAAAUCCUGUUUACGGUGAAAAAGGAUGAAAAUUUUUCACCCAGGUUGGGAGGCGGGAGGGGGUUCUCGUUUGUUGUUUUUUUUUUUGUUGUUGUUGUUAUUGUUUUUUUUUGUUUGUUUGUUUCCUUGGGCUUUGUUUUUCUCAUGUUUACAGUGCACGGAGUGUGGCAGGGGCAUCUGAGAAGGGGGUAGGGCUUAAAAGGAACAGAUGGGGUCUCUGGGUUUCUGAGGCUUUUGGGGAAGGUGAGGAGGGCAGAACCCUCGCCGGUGAAGGGGGCCCAUAUAAAGGUGAGCUCCCCAGUCCUGGGGCCCAUUUGCUUGGCCCCAGCUGUCUUCCUAGGUUCCACACUGAACCAGGGAAGACUCUGUCUCCAGCCACAGUGGUCCUAUGUUCCUGGGAGCUAGCAGCCCCCUCUGCACUCCAGUUCCUAACUUUAUCCUGAGCUCUCAUCUUGCCAUAAAGAGGCAAUGUAGCCACUGCUUCCCUAUGCAAACAAUCAACCAGAUGAUGCAGAUGAAAUAGUAUUGGCAGUGUACACUUGGCCUUGGCCAACGUGCUCUCCGCUAGCACUCAGGGCUGAAGCCAAGUCCCUAAAUUUGGGAGUAACUUGAGCAUCCUUCAGGAUCCUGUCUGAUCAGCCCCUCAGAGAUGGCCCUUGCUAUGAGACCACUUGCCUGGGCUGGGAGGCCCGUGUCCCUAGCCUCUUGAUCCUUUGAUUCAUCUGUAAUCUUGGGAAAGUCCCUUUCUUUCUCUGUGCCUCAGUUCCAGUGGGGAGAGACAACCUUGUGUCCCCAUGUCCCCCAUUCCUUCUACUUCACCCAGAUCUGAGAAUUGGCGCUAUCCAGCGUCUGUGUGCGCCCUGCUCUCUCAUGGCGGUCUCAGAGGGCUUAGUGAUGGGUGUGGACGAAGAGAUGGGAAGAUCUGAUGGGAAGAUAGGGAAGAUGUAGUGAUGCUGUAUGACAGUGUGCUCUCUGUACUGCUCCAUAAUUUUUCAGAGAGAUGACAGAAUAUUGGAAGUGAGAAACAUUCUGAUAAUUCUAACCCAAGUGUAGCUCUUAAUCACGUGUAAAAAAAAACGCCAGGGCACCUGGCAUGCUGUGACCUUCCUUUGCCCCCGGCCCUCCUCGUCGUCCCUCAUUGGCAUUGCCCUCAGAAUCCAGUCCGACCUCGACCCCUAGCCCGUUUCAGUGCUCCCGUGUCAAGGAACUAGGGUGCUGGUCGGAUAAAGGAAGAAACCCCAUGAGAAUGAAUCAGGACCAAAACUGACAGGUGACCACUGGACUCGAGAGAGAUCUUUCUAGCACAACGGAUACCAUCAUGAAGGAGCGGCUGUCUAUCCACUAUCCAGACGAAGGCUACACCCACGACCCGCCUUCUGAUAUCUCCUAAAAUCUGUUGAGUGCCUACUGGGGCAAGAGUUGAUGAAGAUGAUCACUAAGGCAACGUCUUUGCCUGGUGGAAUUAUGAGAGGAUCGGGGAACAUCCAACAUUGCUUACGGUGGACGGUCAGACAGUGAAGACCAGGACAACUUUGGUUGCUUGGACAAUGUCUCCAACGCCAGGGCUGGAUACCCACCAGGUGGGGAAAGAAUGUUUGAGUCAGGAUGUCAGGGAGCUGCUGACCGAAAGCCACCAGGACUUGUGAAUUCUCUCCUGCUCCUCCCCGUGGCCGUGCCAAAACCAAGAUUUCACCAGAAGACGACUGUGGCUCAGAGAUAACGGGUGGUUCAGGCAGGUCUUUGCUCCCCGAGGCCACUCACUCUCUACUCUUUGCUUUGAGGCUGUCCUGCAAGGCUGACAGGGAAAGAGAAUUGGCAGAGACCCGGGGGGAACUGGAACUAGUGUCCCUGAUUCUAGUCCCGGCUCCUCACGGGCAAACGGAGAGAUGCUGGAACCUUCACCCACACCCCUUGCCCUGCUGGGCUUCUGCUUCCUCAGCUGCGACCCAAGGAGGUUGGAUUGGAUGCUCACUAAAUUCUCCCGAUACACAUUCUGUGAUUCUUUCUAACGUCAAUGCAUCCUUCAGGUAGAGCUGUUGCUGCCCAUGCUGCUGAGAGGCCUUUUAUGCCCCCACAUAUCUGCUUCAGAGGCUGAGGCAUGCAGGCUGGGGGAGAGGGUAGAGUGGUUUCUCCUUGUUCCCGUUCACACAGGCUCUUUGAAAGCCCCAGGCUAACAUUAGGACCUGGGCAGGGGAGGGGUUGUUCCUGCCGCCCCCUCCCGUUCCCACCUACCUGGGGGUCCCUGUGUCCUGAUGGUAGGGGCUGGAGUAGCACUUAGAACCCGCCCAGUCCCCGUUUCGGGACUUCUGAUUGGUUAGAGGAAAGCCAGUGCCUCUGUUCCGGGUCUCCAGACUGGCCAUUGAGCCAGAGCUGAGUGGAGAUGAGGCAGGGCCAGGCCUCAGCAUCUCACAUCUACCAUCUUCAGGAGAGAGACGUAUGUAGUUCUCCUGCUCAACUCAAGGGACUCAGACCCUUUUCUGACUGAGACGCAUGAGUGCCUUUGACAGCGGCCCCAGGUUCAAGUUGGGCCUCCUAACCGCAGCCAUGGCUCAGCAGGUCCGCCUAGGACACCAAUCAACCCAACGCCACGAAUCCAGCUGGGCACAGGCAGAGGGCAGCAGGGGCUGCACGUUCCGUUCCUCCACCUGGCCAGGCCCCCAGGUCCCCGUGUCAUUUUCGCCACCACCUGUGACAGGCCUCAAGUUCUCCUCUGCAAAGGCCCCCAGCCUCCGUGCAAGCAUUCUUAACUCUUUACGCCUAACGAACAAGCACAGUUUUUUCAAUGGUGAAGAAAAAGCACCAGACUAUUUUUUUUUUCUUGAAGAAAUCCCCCAAGCCGCCCUGCCUGCGGGACAAACAUUCCCCACGUGGGGCUGUAGCAACGUCUGUCAGGUCCCCUUGUGUUUCAUCUCCCGCGCGCGCGUGUAGAGCAAAUGCUAGAGCGAUUUCAGCUGAUAGAAAAACAAAAAAAGAAAAAAAAAAAACACAAAAAAUAAAAAACAUGGCACGUUGCUAGUUUACAGGGUUUUGUGAGUUUCAAUGCCUUAUAUUUAACAAUCAUAAUUUAUGACUAACUUGUAGAUAUCGUGGGUUCUUAUUUAAUUAUUUUUAUAGUUGUUUUGCAUUUUUAAUUAUAAUUUAUUUAUUUAGAAAGGAUACUAAUGUUUUUUAUUGCUCCUAUUACCUCAUUUUGGCGUCGUUUCUGGGAGUGGAAUGCUUUGCAUGCAUUGGUACGAUAACAACUGCGAAAACAAACAAACAAAAAAAACCCAUUUUAAAUAAGUCUGCGAACUUUAUUUCGUCCAAACUAUCAGGGUGUGUGAUUGCAAGCUGUCCUACUGUGGUGCUGGCCUCUUUGGAUACAUUCCAUACGAAAUGCAAACCUUUGAUUCUGUAUGCUGUGAUCUAGUGAAAAGCUCCAACAUAGUGACUGUAUUUAGCACAUAUAUAAAUAUAAUUUGCACUCGUCAGCAGGCUGGGGUAAUCCUUUCACUUGGCACCCUUGGCCCCUCCCCCAGCCCUCUUUCCCACCUCAAGCCUGCUUCCCUUGUUCCCUCCCCCUUCCUAUCUCCUCAAGCCCACUCAUCUUCCCUCCCCUGAGGACCGUCUCAGGGCACAGGGGGUCAUUGGCUCCCACUCACUAAGGUUCCAGAAUUGGGGUCCUUCAGUCACAGCGGGCAUGGUCCUCUGAAAGACAAAAAGUCUGUUUUAUUAAGGGGCAGGCCGGAAGACUUUGGUUUUUACACCAGCUCCACGGCAGACUCCCUGGGAUCAAGGGCAAGUUCAGGGUUUCCCUGAGUCAGCUUUCUGUUCUUAGAGAGGGGGGCAAGAUGGGUCCCCCAUUCAGAAAGAAUAUACCACAGUCCCAGGUGAGGUCACAAGAAUGGGUCUCAUUCUCUUGGGAGAGACUGAAGAGGAAAGGAAGGGGGAAGGCACGGAGAGAAAUGGAGACCAGAGGGAGCCAGUUAAGAAUGACCUUAGAGAGCUGGUCAGAACAGCCACCCGCAGGGUCCUCUUAAAUACUGCGUCCUGCAGGUGGCAAGGAGGCCAACUAGGUAGCUACAUCCUUGGGUGUGAAAGGUGGAUUUUCUCAGGGCUAGGUCAUUCCCAGAGUGAGCGGAGAUCCAUGUCCUGUUGCCAGAGGGAACGAGCUGGGAGACUAGAACUCCCAGACUAGCGUGUUUGGGAUCCGCACCCUCCACCACCACCAGGCUUGUCUGGAAUCUUCGUGGUUGCGCCAUCGCUCUUUGGCCAGCACUGGGAUAUAGAAUUGCGCCAUGCCUUCUCCCCACCACCGCUCCUUGCCUGUGUUCCACAGAGGCUGCAGACACGAGGGCCUGCUGUGGAGUUAGAGGGGUCUGGCUCCAGCCUCGCAAGUCUGUAAGAGCUGAUGGUGAGGAGGCCUCGAGGAAGCCGCCCUAGAUUAAGCCUGUGAGUGGGCAGGCACCCUGGCAUGCCGACCCUCCCCUCUCCCUCUGCUCCUCACUCACCCCUCCCCCUUUCUUGGCUCUUGACAUCACUGCCUUUGCCUGGUGGGUAGCUCCACCCUCCACAGGAGGCCCCGUGGGUUUGGAUAGCUCUGGCACGAAGGAGGAAAUAAAGACCUGGGGUUGCCACACCACCUACCUGUGUGGCUAGACCAGAUGUGGUCCUUCGGCCCCACCCCUGUGAUGGGGCUUCUUGCUUGCUGCUGCCUUGCUUCUCCUCUGCCGAUACCCCGGAGCCUUGCUUUCCUUGGAGAUGGCCUGUGGAGUCACCCACCACGCUGGUGGAGCACAAUCGCCACACACUGCCAGGCCUGGCAGACACUGCCCCCUUCAGGGCUCCGCAUGGCCGUGCUAUGCCGUUGUGUGGGGUCAGAGGAAGACAGGCCCUACGCUCUGGCUGGCUAUGACCCACCCUGAGCCUCCCCACUCUGGGAUGCGGUCUUUCCCCCCUCAGCUGUGGAGAGGGCCACGCCAGGCUCUCCGAGGGGUCAUUUGCUGCCCCUGGUAGGUGAAAGGAUUACCCCUGGUGUUGAUUGUCCUUCUUUUGUAAUCCUCCUGCUGUUCUCUUCUGUUGUGCUGUGCAACCUUUUGCUACAUAGACUAUUUUAUAGCAGAAAGCUAGAAAAAUAUUUAUUAUGACUAUUAAAGCAAUAGUGCAUCAACGAGCAGGCGGAGACAUUAGGAAUUGUGUAAACGCUUAGAUUCACUUUGGGUGGAUUUUUUUGUACUUUAUUUACAAUGAAUAAAAACGAACUGCAUUG